GGUGAGGAGGGCGGUGGCGCUGAAGGGGGGAGACCGGCCCAUGGACCCGCGGGGCCCGGCGCCCCAGACGCUGCGCCGCCGGGACCGAGCCCAAGAUGUCGGCCUAGGCCGGGGCGCGACGACGCGGACGGGGCAGCAACGAGGCGCCGCCGCUGCCGGGGCUCGCGGACGCCGGGCCCCCGAAAGCUCGCCCUGACGGACUGGCCGAGCGGGCGGCGAGAGGCCGGCGAGUGGAGAGCGGGCCGCGCGGCACCAUGUCGGCCAAGGUGCGGCUCAAGAAGCUGGAGCAGCUGCUCCUGGACGGGCCCUGGCGCAACGAGAGCGCCCUGAGCGUGGAGACGCUGCUCGACGUGCUCGUCUGCCUGUACACCGAGUGCAGCCACUCGGCUCUGCGCCGCGACAAGUAUGUGGCCGAGUUUCUCGAGUGGGCUAAACCUUUUACACAACUGGUGAAGGAAAUGCAGCUUCAUCGAGAAGACUUCGAAAUAAUUAAAGUAAUCGGAAGAGGGGCUUUUGGUGAGGUUGCUGUUGUCAAAAUGAAGAACACUGAAAGAAUUUAUGCCAUGAAAAUCCUCAACAAGUGGGAAAUGCUUAAAAGAGCAGAGACCGCGUGUUUCCGAGAGGAACGAGACGUGCUGGUGAAUGGGGACUGUCAGUGGAUCACCACACUGCACUACGCCUUUCAGGACGAGAAUUACCUGUACUUGGUCAUGGAUUACUAUGUGGGUGGUGACCUAUUGACCCUGCUCAGUAAGUUUGAAGACAAACUUCCAGAAGACAUGGCAAGAUUCUACAUUGGUGAGAUGGUGUUGGCCAUCGAUUCUAUCCAUCAGCUUCAUUACGUGCACAGAGACAUUAAACCUGACAAUGUCCUUUUGGAUGUGAAUGGUCACAUUCGCCUGGCCGACUUUGGAUCAUGUUUGAAGAUGAAUGACGAUGGAACUGUUCAGUCCUCCGUGGCCGUGGGCACACCGGACUACAUCUCGCCGGAGAUUCUGCAGGCGAUGGAGGACGGUAUGGGCAAGUACGGCCCCGAGUGUGACUGGUGGUCCCUGGGCGUCUGCAUGUACGAAAUGCUGUACGGAGAAACCCCGUUUUAUGCGGAAUCACUCGUGGAGACCUACGGAAAGAUCAUGAACCACGAAGAGCGAUUUCAGUUCCCGUCCCAUGUCACUGAUGUAUCUGAAGAAGCGAAAGACCUCAUCCAGAGACUCAUCUGUGGCCGAGAGCGCCGGCUCGGGCAGAACGGGAUUGAGGACUUCAAGAAGCACGCCUUCUUCAAAGGCCUCAGCUGGGAGAACAUCCGCAACCUGGAGGCACCCUACAUCCCCGACGUGAGCAGCCCCUCGGACACGUCCAACUUUGAUGUGGACGAUGACGUGCUGCGGAACAUCGAAAUGCUACCUCCUGGUUCCCACACAGGCUUUUCCGGGCUGCAUUUGCCAUUCAUCGGUUUUACCUUCACAACAGAAAGCUGUUUUUCUGAUCGAGGCUCUCUGAAGAGCAUAAUGCAGUCCAGCACGUUACCCAGAGACGAGGGCGUGCAGCGGGAUUUGGAGAACAGCUUGCAGGUGGAAGCGUACGAGAGGAGGAUACGGAGGCUGGAGCAGGAGAAGCUGGAGCUGAGCAGGAAGCUGCAAGAGUCCACCCAGACCGUACAGUCCCUCCACGGGUCAGCUCGGGCCCUGGGCGGUUCAGCCCGAGAUAAAGAAAUCAAAAAGUUAAACGAAGAGAUCGAACGCUUGAAGAAUAAGAUAGCAGAUUCAAACAGGCUCGAGCGGCAGCUUGAGGACACGGUGACACUGCGCCCGGAGCAAGAGGACCCCGUGCACCGGCUGAAGGGCCUGGAGAAGCAGCACCGUGUGCUGCGCCAGGAGAAGGAGGACCUGCACAAGCAACUGGCUGAAGCUUCAGAGCGCCUCAAGUCCCAGGCCAGGGAGCUCAGAGAUGCCCACCAGCAGCGGAAGCUGGCCCUGCAGGAGUUCUCAGAACUCAAUGAGCGCAUGGCGGAGCUGCGCUCCCAGAAGCAGAAGGUGGCACGCCAGCUCCGGGACAAGGAGGAGGAGCUGGAGGCUGCCUUGCAGAAGGCGGACACGAUGCGGCAGGAGGCGCGCAGGGCCGAGAAGCUCAGGAAGGAGCUCGAAGCUCAGCUCGAGGAUGCCGUCGCCGACGCUUCCAAGGAGCGCACGCUGCGCGAGCACAGCGAGAGCUUCUCCAAGCAGGUGGAGAGCGAGCUGGAGGCCCUCAAGGUAAAGCAAGGAGGCCGAGGACCAGGUGCCACCUUAGAACAUCAGCAGGAGAUUUCCAAAAUAAAAUCGGAACUUGAGAAGAAAGUCUUGUUUUAUGAAGAGGAAUUGGUCAGACGUGAGGCCUCCCAUGUGCUGGAAGUAAAAAAUGUGAAAAAGGAGGUACACGACUCCGAAAGCCACCAGCUGGCCCUGCAGAAAGAGAUCUUAAUGUUAAAAGAUAAAUUAGAAAAGUCCAAGCGAGAACGGCAUAAUGAAAUGGAGGAGGCAGUCGGUACAAUAAAAGAUAAAUAUGAACGAGAAAGAGCAAUGCUGCUUGAGGAAAACAAGAAAGUAACUGCUGAAAAUGAGAGGCUUUGCUCCUUUGUGGACAAACUCACAGCGCAGAACAGACACCUAGAGGAUGAGCUGCAGGGCCUGGCGGCCAGGAAGGAGGCGGCGGCCCACUGGGAGGCACAGAUCGCAGAGAUCAUUCAGUGGGUCAGCGAUGAGAAGGAUGCCCGGGGCUAUCUUCAAGCUCUUGCUUCUAAGAUGACUGAAGAGCUGGAGGCCUUGAGGAGCUCCAGCCUGGGAUCAAGAACACUGGAUCCGCUUUGGAAAGUUCGCCGGAGUCAGAAGCUGGACAUGUCGGCACGGCUGGAGCUGCAGUCCGCCCUUGAGGCCGAAAUCCGGGCCAAACAGCUCGUCCAGGAGGAGCUGAGGAAGGUCAAGGACACAAAUCUCUCCUUUGAAAGCAAACUAAAGGAUUCAGAAGCCAAAAAUAGAGAAUUGUUAGAAGAAAUGGAGAUUUUGAAGAAGAAGAUUGAAGAAAAAUUUAGAGCAGAUACCGGACUCAAGCUUCCAGAUUUCCAGGAUUCUAUAUUUGAAUAUUUCAACACUGCACCUCUGGCACACGAUCUGACAUUUAGAGACUCUGUCUCCUCCUCCACGUCCUCUCUGCUAGCCUCUUGGGAAGAAACCAGCUCAGCUAGUGAGCAAGAGACACAAGCUCCGAAGCCAGAAGUGUCCCCGUCAACUUCUGUGGCCACAGGCACAGAACAGCAGGAAGACAUGGCUCGGGCCCCGCAGAGGCCGCCCGCCGGGCCGCUGCCCACCUCGCAGGCCCUCGCUCUUGCUGGACCAAAGCCCAAAGCUCACCAGUUCAGCAUCAAGUCCUUCUCCAGCCCCACUCAGUGCAGCCACUGCACCUCCCUGAUGGUCGGGCUCAUCCGGCAGGGCUACGCCUGCGAGGUGUGCUCGUUUGCCUGCCACGUCUCCUGCAAAGACAGCGCUCCCCAGGUGUGCCCCAUCCCUCCUGAGCAGUCCAAGCGGCCUCUCGGCGUUGACGUGCAGCGGGGCAUAGGGACGGCCUACAAGGGCUAUGUGAAGGUCCCAAAGCCUACCGGGGUGAAGAAAGGGUGGCAGCGGGCUUAUGCGGUUGUCUGUGACUGUAAGCUCUUUCUGUACGAUCUGCCUGAAGGAAAGUCCACCCAGCCCGGCGUCGUCGCAAGCCAAGUCUUAGAUCUCAGAGAUGAAGAGUUCUCGGUGAGCUCAGUCCUGGCCUCAGAUGUCAUACAUGCUUCGCGCCGAGAUAUUCCAUGUAUAUUCAGGGUGACAGCCUCUCUCUUAGGUACACCUUCUAAGACCAGCUCACUGCUCAUUCUGACAGAAAACGAGAACGAAAAGAGGAAGUGGGUGGGGAUUCUAGAGGGACUGCAGUCUAUCCUUCACAAGAACCGCCUGAGGAACCAGGUGGUGCACGUGCCGCAGGAGGCCUAUGACAGCUCGCUGCCACUCAUCAAGGCCGUCCUGACAGCCGCCGUCCUGGAUGGCGACAGGAUUGUAGUCGGCCUGGAAGAAGGGCUCUAUGUCAUAGAGGUGAACCGAGACGUGAUUGUCCGUGUUGCUGACUACAAGAAAGUGUACCAGAUUGAGCUUGCCCCCAAAGAGAAGGUUGCCGUCCUGCUCUGCGGCCGGAACCACCACGUCCAUCUCUGCCCGUGGUCUGCCUUUGACGGGGCGGAAAGCAACGUUGACAUCAAGCUUCCGGAAACGAAGGGUUGCCAGCUCAUAGCGACUGCGACACUGAAGAAGAGCUCGGCCACCUGCCUGUUUGUGGCAGUGAAGAGGCUGGUCCUUUGCUAUGAGGCUCAGAGAACUAAGCCUUUCCACAGGAAGUUCAAUGAGAUUGUGGCCCCUGGCACUGUGCAGUGGAUGGCCGCGGUCAAGGACAAGCUCUGUGUUGGCUACCCUUCUGGGUUCUCUCUGCUGAGCACGCAGGGAGACGGGCAGGCUCUCACCCUGGUAAAUCCCAGUGAGCCCUCGCUUGCGUUCCUCUCCCAGCAGCCUUUCGAUGCCCUGUGUGCUGUGGAGCUCCCGAGCGAGGAAUACCUGCUCUGCUUCAGUCACAUGGGACUGUACGUGGACCCGCAGGGCCGGAGGUCACGCGUGCAGGAGCUCAUGUGGCCCGCGGUGCCCGUCGCCUGUAGUUGCAGCCCGUCGCACGUCACAGUGUACAGCGAGUACGGCGUGGACGUCUUUGACGUGCACACCAUGGAGUGGGUUCAGACCAUCGGCCUGCGGAGGAUACGGCCACUGAACUCGGAAGGCACCCUCAACCUCCUCAACUGCGAGCCUCCCCGCUUGAUCUACUUCAAGAGCAAGUUCUCAGGAGCAGUUCUCAACGUGCCUGACACCUCUGACAACAGCAAGAAGCAGAUGCUUCGGACAAGAAGCAAGAGGCGGUUUGUGUUCAAGGUGCCGGAGGAGGAGCGGCUACAGCAGCGGCGGGAGAUGCUUAGAGACCCAGAGCUGAGAUCCAAAAUGAUUUCCAACCCCACCAACUUCAACCACGUGGCCCACAUGGGCCCCGGCGACGGGAUGCAGGUGCUCAUGGACCUGCCACUGAGCGCUGUGCCCCCCUCCCAGGAGGAAAGGCCUGGCCCCACUCCCACCAGCCUGUCCCGGCAGCCUCCACCCAGGAGCAAACCCUAUAUCUCGUGGCCAUCGUCAGGUGGAUCUGAGCCUGGAGUGGCGGUGCCUCUGAGAAGCAUGUCCGAUCCUGACCAGGACUUUGACAAAGAGCCUGAUUCAGAUUCCACCAAACACUCGACUCCGUCCAACAGCUCCAACCCCAGCGGCCCGCCGAGCCCCAAUUCCCCGCACAGGAGCCAGCUUCCGCUCGAAGGCCUGGAGCAGCCGGCCUAUGACGCCUGAAGCCCCUGCCUAGCGCCGCGCUGUCAUGGGCCAGGUAGCCGGGGGUGGCCUCCAACACCAGUGCCAAGACUGAGCUGACUGACCCUCCAGUGUUGUCCAAGGAAAUGUAGAAUCCACUUGUAGAUAUGGAGAUGAAGAAAAAUCUUUAUUAUAAUAAUUAUCAGUUUUAUGCCGCGGUGUUUGUGGCAGUUGACCAGAUCCUUCGUCUGCACAGCUGUGAGGCGACACUUCCGUUUGCACAUGAAGGACCAGCACACAGCUUCUCGCGCCCAGAACAAGCUGAGGCGCGGGCGGCUCUGCUCAGGAAGCAGGCAGCUCGGACGCCUCAGUAACGAGUCUGUUCCCUCUUUCCUGAAACGUUCCUAGGACCAUAAGAAAAUAGUAGGAAGUCGUAUGUCAUUCCCAGUGUCCCUAGAAUUUUGAAGACAGAGGAAAGUGGAGGUUAGUUUGUGGCCUUUAUUCGUUUAGCCAUUACAUAGUCAGCUGCAGAAGUCCUUCUGCCGACCUUGUAGCCACAGACAGAGGCCCAUUCCAAGUGUCGCCCACCCUGCCCUGGGUCCCUGCGUGUUAGUCCAUUCCCGGUCACAAUCAUGAAGUGUCACCAGUAUCUACUACUGUGAAGUCAGCUGUGCUCUGUCUCCCACUUGCUUCCACAGCUUCUGUCUCCUGCCAUAAAAGCAGGGGUGUCGCGUAGCCACUCCCCAGGCCUGCUGGGCCGAGGAGACCAGAGCCCCAUGAUUAGUGCUGUGCAGGCUGCCCUGCCCUGCCCGCGGCACGGUGACGCUCCCCCUGUAUUUACUCUCACCCUUCCUGUGUCACACGCAAGUAGUCAGGUCUGUGGCCUGUCUCAUUAAAGGCCAGCACACACAGCUUGUCCUCGGCCCAGGACAGGUCUUCCCUGCUCUCCUGCUGGUUGACAUUCUCGGAGAUGCUGUUUCAGACGUGCACUUACCUUGAGUCGGCACUGAGUGACGUGGGCACUGCCGGCCUGCCUGUGGGUGUCACACACCCAGCACCUGCCCACCCAUCCGGCCCCUGGGCCUUCUGCUGGGGCUGGCACCUGCUGGGGGUUCUGGUUUUUACUUUUUUAAUGUAAGUCUGAGUCUUUGUAAUUAUUGAAUCGUGAGAACAUUUUUGAAUAAUUUACCUGUCAAUAAAGCAGACGACGGCAGUUUUAAAGUU